AUGAGAGAGCGGAAGUCGAGUGCCAGCAACACAAGCAGCACACCCGGCAGUAUAAGCAUUAACUCGCAGUCAGAACUAGUCAAGGAAGCCUACGGGAGUACACAGACUCCCACACGAAAGACUGGUAGGUCUCCUAUGCGACCAUCUUACAAUACGAAUACAAAUACACAACUCGGAACGGUAUAUAGCUCACCUACACCUACACCUACACUCGUACACACACACACGGACGAAACAGCUGACACACCAGUUGGUCGAAAUUUGCAGAAGGAUAUACUUUCGAGGUCACCCAUACUGUCACCCACUAGUUUAUCGAAGCGAAAGUAUCGCAGCAACGACACCGACGGAAGUGGGGUUAAACUGAUGAAUGCCGAACAUGUAACCCCAAACACACACGCACACGACGGAAACGAGCCAUGUGAGCGAGGUGUCAGUACACAAGAGGAUGGGCAAGAUGCAAGUGCAUACAAGCACAUAGCAUUCAAUCAAAACCUGUCGCAUGACAACACACGCACCGAAGCCGACGAUGCAGAAAACACAGACGUGAACACAACGGAACAAGCUCGGGAUGCAGCUGAAACUACGCAGGAUGAGACUGCAGAGGGAACUACACGUGUACCUACAUCGAUGAGGAGCAAGCAACGUCCUGUUCUGCGACGGAGAGUGUCGUCGACGUCGGAGCGCAGGAAAACAGCCGUAUGGCGUGAUGAGGCGUACCCGUUAUCCGAAUGCCUGGAGGUGUUUGAUUGUGCACUUCCUGAGAAGCAUUUGUGGCCACUAUGCUAUGCGGGUGCUGAGGCUAUUCGCAAGGCCUUGGGUAUCCCGGUCAGAGAGCGAGUGCCAACACCUGUGUCUGGGUGUGAUACACCCCCUGCUGUAGGUGUGGGUAGUGCAGGUAAGCCGGUUGCGAUCAGUGCGAGUGUGUCAAGUGUUGUCCUGAAGCGCAUUGCGAAGAUAGAAGUGUCGCCGUAUGCGAUUAGUCUGAGGGGAGACGGGAGUGUGGGCCUCUUACGCGCAGAACAGAUAGAUGUGUUGAAACAAGAGGACAUCGACGCCUAUAUUGCACCCGAACGGUUAGGCGAGUCUGUGAGUGACAAGGAAAGUGAUAGCGAAAGCGACAGUGAUGGUGAUGGCAAUGGUGCAUCAGUUGCUGAGAAAGCCGGUGAUAGGGAUGGUGGUGGCUACACGUAUGUCAAGGGAGAGAUGGUCCCGGGGUGGGGUGUUGAAGAUUACGAUAAGAGUCUGGUCUACUCACUGGCGGUAACCAUGUGGUAUGCGGGCAAUUACAAUCUGCCCGACGAUGAAGAAGCAGACCUAUCGAAGGAUUUGAACAAUUUUCUCGUGCGUAUGUCGAAUGAUGAUGUAGAGGACCGUCCGAGUGUGUUGGAUGUGAUUGAUGAGUGUGAGAGGUAUAGGAACAACCCCGCUGUUAGUGACUUGGAUUACGAGGCUUGUGUGUGUGAGAUGGUGGAGGAUGCGUUCAAGAUGGGCACGGUGCUGAAGAAAUGGGUAGGAGGCGGCAGGCAAGAGUCACAAGGUGAUGUGGAUUCAACGCAUCCAGCGAAGGAUUUAAAGAUCGGGAAGUGGAAGAAAAUAUUAGAGGAGGUCAAUGGCGGCGUUUCAUUGAAAAAGUGUGAUGCCCCGGGAUACCGCCGAAUGAGCAGUGCGCCUGCUUCCAAAUUCAGUAACGUCAUGGCCGAGAUAAAGCUGCGCCAACCCCUAAAGAAGGUAAAUGAAAGAGUCUUGGCUCCAGAAGUAAAGAACUUGACCCCAAUGCAACAACUGUUAGAAGAUUUGCAGUCAAAACCUUCGCUGAAAAAAGUCAAUGAAGAACUGUCUAGUACCAGUCUGUAUGAUAUGCCACAAGCGUCGCCCCUGCCUCGCCCCACCUCAGCGGGUGGCAAGAACCGCCUGUCUUAUUCUGCCACUGCUGGUACUGAUAUGCGGCCCAAGAGCCCCAGAAGCGCCAAACUGGCAAAGGUCACAGACAUUGUAGUCAACGGAAAGAUGCGACUGAGCGUCGAUCUGGAAGAUGACUUCAGCGACUUAUUCGCCACACCGGAUAUCGAGCCAAAGUCGUCGUUGAGAUAUACCAGGACUAUGGACGCAGGCCGGACGAGACCGACCAAGUACGCCAAUCAGGGUGAGAGCGCUCGAGCCGAGUCUUACCCGACCGUCCUUGAAGGGGUCGCAGCUAGAGAGCACGCGAAUGAACAGGCCAUGCCUAGCAAUAGGAAACGAAGCUCUACACUCAGCAUGGGCUUCUCUUCUAUGGACGGCAUGUUUGAUCCCAAGAGUCCGUCAGGUGUCACGGAUACCUUCAACUUCCCAGUCACCCCCAUCACCAUGGUAACGAAGAGCACUCCCAUCGAGGACCGGCGCGGCGUGGCCGCCUCCCCGAUGAGCGCGCUCGAUUCCAAUUCUAUUGAUAGACCCGCAUCUCCCUCGCGAACUAUACCCGCCGCCCCAGGCGCCGCCCACAUUCCGUCCAACACCCAGAGCCCACGAAAACCAGACCAAAGUAGUAAUGUCUUUGUCUUUGGGGUGAAGAGCUCAGACGAUAAGGGCUCUGUUUCGCCCACGAUUGGAUUAGCCAGCCGUUCACCGUCACCGUUUGUGUUUGGUGGGUCCAGCAGUGGUAUCAUUGCCCACAGCCCAACGCCAGAUCGCAGGCUGUCGAUUCUUUCUGGUCUUGGUAAUAUAGCCAGCCCGUCCGCCAUUCGACCAGCGAGUCAGCAAUGCCAUGAGGAUUCGGAUUCCAGUCUGAGUGACUACGAGGAGGAUGAGCGCGACCGGAGUAGGCCUGCGUCGGGCAAUGUGAGUAUCAAGGCAAUCAACGUGGAUACGAUGAGGGCUAUGAACAAAAUGCAUUCCUUCGGUGCAAAGUCCGCGGAAGAGUUCGGUCAACAAGAGCCGCAGCGGUCUACUUCGCCCUUUCGACGACCUGGUUCUGCAUCUGGUACCGCUCGCAGGCUUUCAACCGCCUCAAACUAUUCCCGGAACGACUCGGCCCAUGGGGGACUCACGACUCCGGUGAAGGCUGCUAGUUCCGGUACAGAUGUCACAACUGGCUCGGGUAGUCGGAAUUUGACGCCGUUCUCCAAAACUGAGCUGAACGAAUCCACGACAAAGUUUGUGCGAACCGUCAGUGGAUCAAACAUCAAGGUGGACGAAGACCUGCAAACGCCGUUUGAGUUUCAAGCUGCUCGUAGUCCUAAGAGCGAAGUACUUGCCCUCAAACAAAUGAGUGAGAUAAUGGAAUUGUCUGGUGAAUCAGACAGUAACGUCAUCGCACUCACUGAAGCCCGGCACAUUGCUGAGGUGCACGCGAAGAUGGCAAUGGUAACGCUUGAAGGAGAGCGACCAAAAGUUUACAAAGAGGUAAGUUUGGUUUGGUCUAAUGCAAUGGCCUCGAAUAGUGUGCAGAAGACGCAAUUAACCGAUGCGUAGUGUGUAUGUGUGGAGCAAAUGCAUGGGGAGUGUGGAUAAUAUUUAAUGUCGCAGAUAAAAUUCCGAACUUCCAUCACAAUGUGUCCGUUGCACCACUUCCUCAUGGCCACACAUGCACGUAUACA